GAAGCCAUUCAGCAGUUGGACAAUGAGCUGAGGAAUACAAAGUGGGAGAUGGCGGCCCAGCUGCGGGAAUACCAAGACUUACUCAAUGUCAAGAUGGCCUUGGAUAUUGAAAUUGCUGCUUAUAGAAAACUCUUGGAAGGCGAAGAGUGUCGGAUUGGCUUUGGCCCCAGUCCUUUCUCUCUCCCAGAGGGACUCCCGAAAAUUCCCUCUACAUCCACUCACAUAAAAGUCAAAAGUGAAGAGAAGAUCAAGGUGGUAGAAAAGUCAGAGAAGGAAACUGUGAUUGUGGAGGAACAGACAGAAGAGAUCCAAGUGACUGAAGAAGUGACUGAAGAAGAGGAGAAAGAGGAGGUGAAAUCCCCAGUGAAGGAAGAAGCAAAAUCACCAGCUGAGGCCAAGUCCCCUGCCGAGACAGCCAAGAGUCCAGCAAGGGAGGAAGUCAAGUCCCCAGAGAAGGCCAAGUCUCCCGUGGAAGAGGUCAAGUCCCCAGACAAGGUCAAAUCCCCUGCAGAGAUCAAGUCCCCUGAGAAGGCCAAGUCCCCAGCAGAGGUCAAGUCCCCAGACAAGGUCAAGUCCCCAGCAGAGGUCAAGUCCCCAGAGAAAGAAGAAGCCAAGUCCCCUGAGAAGGCCAAGACUCUGGAUGUGAAGUCUCCAGAAGCCAAGACCCCAGUGAAGGAAGGAGCAAGGUCCCCUGCAGAUGUCAAAUCCCCGGAAAAGGCCAAAAGCCCUGUGAAGGAGGAGGCCAAGGCUCCAGAGAAGACCAAGUCCCCCGUGAAGGAGGAGGCCAAGUCUCCUGCAAAGGAGGAGGCCAAGUCUCCUGCGAAGGAGGAGGCCAAGUCCCCUGCGAAGGAGGAGGCCAAGUCCCCUGCGAAGGAGGAGGCCAA